UCUGUCUGCUGCUCGAUUUGAAAUCUGAAGACUAGCGGGCGUGUCGACCGGUCCAUGUCGUGACGUUGCUGCAUCAUUCCUCGUUGCCCUCCAGCAGCUCAUUCACAGCACGCCUGGUCCACGCGUCCAUCCACCCUCUGCGAUUCCUCAAGACGCGGGAGAGACAUUAGGCUCGUGCGCACUUAAUCCUGGACGCGGCUCGUGUUCUUUAUAGCGUGGAGUUGUCCCAAGACCUGGAACUAUAUAGCAGGAGCGCACACAAUGCCAGACCAUGUGCUCUGAAGUAAGACGUUUUUCUGUCGCAAAGUUAGCCAAAGUCAACUCAGCCAGCCAGCACAAAGGGAGUCUAGAAGUGCUCAGUUCAGUGCUCUUUUUGCCACACCACCAGAGGAUUUGAAAUGACAGAAGCGCCGUGACUGAAUUCCCCAUUCUGAAGACACACAAGACAAACGCACAACUUAACCGGACACGGACAGAUCCAUAUGGACGGGGAGAAUGCCACCCCCGGACACGUACAGAUCCAGGACGGGGAGAAUGACACCUGUCACAGGAGACACGACGUGGAGCCCGGCAGCCCGCUCAUCAGCGCGGUCAUGUUCGCCGCGGGAGUCCUCGGCAACGUCGUAGCCCUGGUGCUCCUGGAGGUCCGGCGGAGGAAGGAGAAGAGCAGGCAGCGGCUCUCGCUGUUCCGCCUGCUGGUGACCACGCUGGUCAUCACGGACCUCGCCGGGACAUGCCUGGUCAGCCCUCUGGUGCUGACCUCCUACUCCAUGAACACCUCCAUGAUUGGCAUGGGCGACAACAGCGUCGUCUGUAACUAUUUCGGCUUCACCAUGACUUUUUUCAGCUUGGCAACUCUAUCCAUACUGUUGGCGAUGGCUCUGGAGAGGUGCCUUUCCAUCGGCUAUCCUUACCUGUACGGGCGGUACAUCAGCAAGCGUUGUGGGUACCUCACGCUGCCUGUAAUAUACCUGCUGUGCUUUCUGUUUUGCCUAAUGCCUUUUUUUGGCUUCGGGAAGUACGUCCAGUACUGUCCCGGGACCUGGUGCUUUAUUGACAUGAAUCCGCGGGGCGUGGAGGACCGCGUGUACUCGGAGGUCUACGCGACCGUCAUGCUCGUGAUUGUAGUGACUAUAGUGGCCUGCAACGGCUUUGUGGUCUACCACUUGGUGUUGAUGUACCGGCGGAGAAGCCGAAUGAACGGUGGGUCCAUUACCACGCGGAGCAAAAAGGACCGGCGGUACUUCUCCAUGGCUGAGGAGUUCGAGCAUCUCAGCCUCUUGGUGUUCAUGACGGUCAUAUUCGUCAUCUGUUCACUUCCGUUGAUGAUCCGUGUGUACAUCAACUCCACGUAUAAGGACGACCAGAGCAAGGAGCACCACAAGACGGACCUGGUGGCCCUGCGUUUCCUGUCCAUCAACUCCAUCAUCGACCCCUGGGUCUUCAUCAUCCUCAGCCCCUCCGUCCUGCGCUUCCUCUGGGGGGCCAUGUGCAAGAGCCCGGUGCUGCGUUCGCCGCGAGAGUCCCUCUUCUUCCGGAGCUCGCUUGCUCGGAACUCGCUGGGUGGUGGUGGCGGUGGCGGUGGCACGGGUGGUGGUAGUGUCAAGAGCUUGCAGAGCAGCGCCCGGUUGGAGCCUUUGUGCCAGGGCAGUACUGUCAUCCCAGACAUUGCCUGCACCACCACCCUCACCACCACCAACAACACCACCGGCACCACCACUACACACAUGGUGUAACGGGCAGAGGGUAUGCUUCCUACAGCUCGCUGGCAUGGAAGUCGCUCAGCACGGGCAUUUUCUGUGGCACGGGUUGUUGUGGUGGUGCGGCACAGGGGUGGCAGUGACCAAGGAUCGACCGUAGCCUACAGAAUGCCCGGUUGGAGCUUUUGUGCAAUCAGGGCAUUGCCGUCAUUACCUGACAUCGCCUGCACCACCACCACCACCACUACCACCAUCACUACGACGACUGCAGACAUCGCUGGGCACUGGCAUUGUCUAUGGCACGGGUUGUGAUGGCAGCACGGGGGUGGCAGUGACCAAGGACCGUAGCCUACAGAAUGCCCGCCUGGGUGCUGUAUAAGAGAAGUCCCAUUACAGACAUCAUCCUCACCACUGACAUCAACAGCACCAGCACCAGCACCACCACCACUACCAUUACUACACAAAAUGGUGUGAUGGCCUAUGGCUGGGCAGUGGGCACAGACUGGGGGCAUGGAUGUAAAGGUUUGGGCUGGCCUAUGGGCACAUAUGGGGCAUUGGCAUGGACUCAUCCAUCCGAUCACAUCCCAUGCACCACCACCCGACAACCACACAACACACAUGGUGGCACAGGGAGUGCCAGGUAUGAUGUGGUGAAAUGAGGACAGAGGGUCUGUAGGUAGAGCAGAUAGAGUAGAUAGAGCGCUACUAGUAUCCCUCAAAAUCAACCGGUGCUCAUGGAGGGUGCAACGCUCAACAAAAUGGGAGGAAAAAUCCGUGGUGCAGGCACUUCAGUUGGUUGAAAAAGUCCAAAACAAUCUUUAUCUUGGUGGGCUUGUACAUUUAAAAUCACCAACGCGUUUCAUCAGCGUGUGUCAUCACAGGGUCUGCCAUGCCAUGCCAUGGGCUGUGCUGCUAGACCGGACUGGACUCAUGCACUCAGAACUGAGACAUGUGGUGUGUUCCAUUAUUCACCCUCUGUACUGUGUACCUUGUUUGAGUGCAGUGAAGUACCCUUUCCACCCUCCGCGAUUCACGAGGCGAGUACAUUCCGAUUCCCGUUCUGUCUGAUACACUUAACGGAAAUGACGGUUGGUCACGUGUCAUCCGAGUUUACCAACCGCCAAUAUGCAAUUCAUCACGGAAGGCACUGUUCAUUAUGCUGACACUUUUUAAAGUUACCCCUGCCUCUGAUACACAUGGCGAUUGUCUUUGGAAUCAAAACUAUGCUGUUAUCACAGAGAUUCAGCUGUUUGACAAAUCUGACACAAACAUGGCGGCCGUUGAGUGCGAAAAGUGUACAGUAACUCCACACUCCACAGGGCGGGUAGGGGGAAGAGGGAAGGACCAUGGUGUGAUUGCACGAGACUGGGGUGGCAUAGGCACACACAGGGUUUUGGCAUGGACUGGCAAAUCUCCAGUGGCUAUCCUACAAUGACUGGUGAUGACAAACAGAAGCUUGCUGUUUGUUUGAACAGUUGAACAGUUCACAGUCCAGUUCACAACAGAAAACUGACACGUUUGGCUAUGGGCUAUGCACGUACGGUAGCCUCCAGACUAUCUCGCUUGUGAGUGUAGAGGUUGUGCCAAGCACACAGGAACAUGGUGUGAUAGUACAGGCUUUGCCAAAACCUCUGCCAAAAACAUGUGAAUGUAGCCGGAGCCCUAGUGGUUAAAGACAUGGGCUUUAGAUCAGAGUGUUGCCGGUUCAAAUCCCACCCUUUCACUUCCACACUCCAUGACUGAGGUGCCCUUUAUAGCAAGGCACCUAACCCCAAUACUCUGUAACUAAAUACCAUUGUAGAAUAACUGUAAGUUGCUUUGGGAAAAAAGCGUCAGCUAAGUCUUAUGUAAUGUGAUGUUAUGUAAUGGAUGCUCUCUGAUGUUGUGGAGUGCCUCUGCUGCUUCUGACACCGUCUCUCUCUAGACAUCCUGGAUGUACCUUAGAACAGUGUUUCUCAACUGGUGGGUCGCGACCCAAAAGUGGGUGGUGGAGGGGUCAAGGGUGGGUCGCGGAGCCUUGGUGUAAAAAAAACGUAAUUAAAAAAAAAGGAGCCUUUUCCUGCAACAAUUUACAACUUUUAUUUUGAUAGGCUAGUGAACUCUGUGUCAUCUGUCGUCAUAGAUACAAUCUGAAUGUUUAUGCAAGAUCGAGUCUUGGUUACAUUUUGAGAAUUGCAUUGAAUUGACUUGAACGCUAAAAAUUUUUUGUCGCGACCGAAUGAGAGUGGAAAAUGAUGGGUCCCAAGACUGUUCCAGUUGAGAACCACUGCCUUAGAAGGCAGGCCUGGUGCAUUGGUGGGAAUGGGUAUGUGAUGUGUAGAUAAGCUGUAAGUAUGAUGCGUAAGUGUGAAUGACCUAAAAGACGUACAAGUAAAGCUGGUAAACAGUGUGCUGCUGUUGACGUGGUUUUUUUUCCACUGCAGUGAGUUUUGAGAAGGCAACAGUCAUUCAGCCGCUUUGGAGUUCUUUGGAACUCACUCAUAGAAAUAUAACAGUUACACAUACCGUAAUAAACAUCCUACAUGUGGAACUCUCUAAACUCCCAACGUUGCCAGAUGUAUGACGUUCAUUAUGUCUAACUGUUAUAGUGAAACUUCUUUUCUUUUACUUCAGACAUACAUGUUAAUGUUUUUAUCUUUUACCUGACAUGUUUUGAUGGAAAAUAUAAAAGUUGAAAGAUGAAAGUUAAAAGAUGAAACUUUUAUUCGUCUGAAGAAAACAGAAGAAGAAAAGAAAAACCUAAGUUUUACUCCAACGUUGCCGUGUCAUUCCUCUUCGCACCACAGUAUGCUGCUGUUAUCUUUUGUUAUUAUCAGUUUAUUUUUAUAUUUUUUGUGUGAGGAGGGCACAUCUGUCUGUCUGUUUUAUGUUUGUUUGUUUGCAGUGUUGUUUAAAGUGGAAGUAAGAUUACUCUUACAGAUGUAAUUGGAGCACAAGUUAAAACCAUGUGAUAUCAUAAACUAGUAAGACAAAGGAAAUGCGUACUCCGCACUUCUAAAGUAACAAUCCGGUGCAACCAGAGCAGGACCAAAUCACAAACAAAAAGGAAGAAAAAUCUGGUGCCACACAGAUGUCUAUUUCCUGUAGUUUAUUUUAUCAGUGCAAUCAGACUAACAUUUCAACAUGCGUCUUCAUCAGAGUCUGAUGAAGAAGUCUGAAGUCUGAAGAAGUCUGAUUACUUGUGCUUCUACUUCAUACCACUCUGUGUGUUUGUUUGUUUAUUUGUUUGUUUUGUUGUUGUUUGGCUGUGGGCUCCGGUGGUCCCCUGAGGGCUCCUCUCUUGGCCUGAUGUUCCAGCUAACUCCAGGCGGCGCAGGCAGGGAAAACAAGAAUGCAAACACACACACACACACACACACACAC